CGUUUGACGUUUUAUGCACCAUAGACGAUAGAUUCUUUUCUGUAAACUGUCAGAGACGGCAACAGUAAUUCCUAACCAUGGGUCGCGUCAGGACUAAGACCGUGAAGAAGGCAGCCAAAAUCAUUAUUGAGAAAUACUACACAAGGUUGACCCUUGAUUUUGACACCAACAAGAGGAUAUGUGAGGAAAUCGCUAUCAUUCCUACGAAGCCCCUUCGUAACAAGAUCGCCGGGUUUGCCACCCAUUUGAUGAGGCGUCUCAGGAACUCCCAGGUCCGUGGAAUCUCCAUCAAACUGCAGGAGGAGGAGCGUGAGAGACGUGACAACUACGUCCCUGAAGUCUCCGCCUUGGAGCAUGACAUCAUCGAGGUUGACCCCGACACCAAGGAGAUGUUGAAGAUGCUAGACUUCAACAACAUCAACGGCCUCCAGCUGACGCAGCCGACUACCUCGGGUGGUUAUGGUGGCAGACGUAAUUAAGGAUAAUAAACAUUAAAAUGUA